AUGAGUGGGCAGUAUAAUGGGCUUCAAGCUAAAAUACUUGAACAAAAUCCUCAAGCCCUAUUUAUUUGGUGUUCUGCUCAUAGGUUAAACCUAAUAGCUAGUCAGGCAGUAGGAUCUUGUUCAAAUGCAGUGGAUCUAUUUGGAAAUUUAGAAAAAAUAUUUACUUUUAUCACUGGAAUUUAUCAAACAAUAGAAGAAGUAAGAAAUAGAGACGGAGGAUCGGAUUUCAAACUUGGUGCUGAUUGUAAUGGACUGCUUAGCUACUUGACUUCUUAUAGGUUUUUAAUGACAGCUCUUAGUUUUAAAAAAAUAUUUGAAAUACUUGAACCAUUAACCCGUACAUUACAAGCUCGUGACAUAGAUAUUUUAGCAGCGAUGUAUUUAGUUAAUAGUGCUAAAGAGUCCAUAGUGGCACUGAGAACUGAAGAAACAUUUGAAAAUAUUUUGAUAUUAGCUAAAGAAUUUGAUGAUAAUAUGAUAAUGAGGAAUUUGAGCCAUUGCGGACAACAAGAAAACGUAAAGUUAGAAAAAUGGCUGGGGAAUUAUGUAGUGAUGAAGUUGAACAAAAUCCUAUUCAAAAGUUUAAGGGAGUAUGAACAGUUUAUAAAUUGUGAUUUAAUUGUUAAUGAAACUUUACCAUUGUAUCUGCAUCCUAAUUUAAAUGAUGACAAUUCAAGUUUGAGCUCUAACGAUUCAAACAGUGACGAUACUACAUCUGAACAAUUAAAAAGGUGGCAAAAUUCAUCAAGUUUAAUGUGCGUUUUUCAAGAUUUCUGUAAAGCUGGUCUAAAAUCUAUAUUCCCAAGUUUAUUUAUGCUUAUAAAAAUUGGAGUGACUAUUCCAGUAUCAAGCUGUUCCCCAGAGAGAUCUUUUUCCAAAUUAAAAUUAAUAAAAACUCGUUUAAGAAGCACAAUGGGGGAAGAUAGAUUGGAAGAUCUGAUGCGUAUCACUUGUGAAGCUGAUAUACAGUUAGAUUCAGAAACAAUAAUAGACAACUUUGCGACAAAAUCUACAGUUUUAAAUAAAAAAUUAAAAUACUAA